AUGCCAGCAGCAACAGUGACCACCUCUCCAACCCCCACCCCUCUCUCCUUCCCCGCCCCCAUCUUCGCCGCCCUCCAGCCCUCCUCCUUCCUCCGCGCACACCUCGCGCCGGACUCGCCCUCGCAGCCCUCCCUCCGCGCAAACGGCCGCCGACCAUCCGAGUUCCGCAAACCGAACAUCAACACCGGAAGCCUGACCCACAGCCACGGCAGUGCUGUGGUACGGAUAGGCGACACGGCCGUCGUUGCGGGUGUGCGCGGCGAGAUUCUGCUUGCGGACGACAUCCCCAACCCGCCUGAGCGCGAGAAACGGGACUUUGAUACCAAUUCCACUAGACAGGAGUCUCGGGGGAGCGGCGCAGACCCCAGCUCCAAAGGCGGUGGAGAUGCAGAUGCAGACGCCGAGGCAGACUCCCUAGCGCACCUCCAACUCCUCGUCCCAAACCUCGAGCUCUCAACCGGCUGCCACCCCUCCCACCUCCCCGGGUCCCCGCCCAGCAGCCUCGCCCAGAGCCUCGCCCAGCGCAUCCUCUCGCUCCUCCACUCCACGCGUCUGGUCCCGCUUCAGCAACUCCGCAUCCUGCGGCCGCGGGCGCGAAGCUCUGAUCUCGAUGACGAGGGGGACGAGAUGUUGGACCCCGACGCAGCUGUAGAUGGAGACGGGGAUGGGAAGGUCAAGGGGUGGGAGGUCGUAGCAUAUUGGACGCUCUACAUCGAUAUCCUCUUCAUCAGCCUCGAUGGCGCGGUGUUCGAUGCUGCGUGGGGCGCCGUGGUGGCUGCGCUGGGGGAUACGAGGCUGCCGCACGCGUGGUGGGAUGCGGACAGGGAGUGUGUGCUUUGUGAGGAGGAUGGCGCGCAGGCGAGGGGAUUGGGGCUGAGGGGCUGCCCGGUUGCGGCGACGGUGGGGGUUUUUGCGCCGGGGAGGAGGGGGGUGGUGGGUGGGGAGAAGGAGGAGGAGAGCUGGAUGCUGGUGGAUUUGGAUGCGUUUGAGGAAGGGUUGUGUAGGGAGGUGGUCACGGUCGUGGUGGAUUGCUCGGGUGGAGGGAAUGGGAGGAUACAUAGAGUGGAGAAGAACGGAGGUGGGGCAGUGGGGAUGGGGCGGAUGAGACAUGUUGUCCGGAGCGGGGAAGAGAGCUGGAGGAAUUGGGCAGAAGUUCUUGGAGAGUUAGGAAGUUGA